UUCCUUUGUUCCAUACAAACGACACGCAACCCCUCUCUCAUAAUGCAUUUGGUGGAAGAGGCCACGUGUCUGUGAAGCUUUACUCUCUCUCUCUCUCUCUCUCUCCUUCUUCCCAAGCUGUAGACAGACAGCCGCUGGGUUACAUAAGUAGCUAUUAAUGCCCUUACAGCUCUGAUCCGUUCACUUCCUCCAUUCAUUUUUGUGGAGCGGGCUUUAGGGUUUUUAGUUUUACAGUGAAGCAAAGAAAACCCAGUUUCUGAUCUGAUCUUAGUCAGAAACCGAUUGAGGAUGGUGAGGCUUCAGUACCGGCCACAUAUAGGAGGAGGAGGAGGAGGAGCACUGGCUGGGCUUUUGGUGCUGCUCUUUCCGGUGUUCUUGCCCAGUUUGUUCAGCCCUUUAGGCCAUGCCUCGCCUUCCAUGUUCUCGGAAUGGAAUGCUCCAAAACCGAGGCAUUUUCGUCUUCUCAAGAGUGCUUUACAAAGCGAAACUACAAAUGCACAGCAGUCAGAUCUCUGGAUUCCUCUGGCCAACCAAGGAUUGAGACCUUGUGUUGAAUCAACAAAAACCCCUUCAGCAUUACCCGAGAAAUCUCAAGGAUACAUUCAGGUAUUUCUUGAUGGAGGAUUGAACCAGCAGAGAAUGGGGAUAUGUGAUGCAGUUGCUGUUGCUAAAAUACUGAAUGCCACACUGGUGAUCCCACAUCUUGAAGUGAAUCCUGUUUGGCAAGAUUCAAGCUCAUUCAUGGAUAUAUUUGAUGUGGAUCAUUUUAUCGAUACAUUGAAGGACGAUAUUUCUAUUGUGAAAGAGCUGCCGUAUGAGUUCUUCUGGAGCACAAGGGAGUACUAUGCUACGGCAAUCCGAACUACACGGAUUAAGACAGCACCAGUUCAUGCUUCAGCUAACUGGUAUCUAGAGAAUGUGCUGCCUGUACUACAAAGUUAUGGAAUUGCUGCGAUUGCCCCAUUCUCUCAUCGUCUGGCUUUUGACAACUUACCUGUGGACAUUCAACGGCUACGUUGUAAAGUUAACUUCCAAGCUUUAGUUUUUGUUCCUCAUGUUAGAGCACUUGGUGAUGCUCUUGUCAGCCGCCUGCGCUAUCCUUCUGACAAAAGGGGAGCACUUGGCACCAACUAUCUCCAGGAGAGCACAGAAGGGGCAGGGAAGUUUGCGGUGCUACAUCUUCGGUUUGAUAAAGAUAUGGCAGCUCACUCAGCCUGUGAUUUUGGUGGGGGCAAAGCUGAGAAACUGGCUCUAGCCAAGUAUAGGCAAGCGAUCUGGCAGGGAAGGGUUCUUAACUCCCAGUUCACUGAUGAAGAGUUGAGAAAUCAAGGGCGUUGCCCAUUGACACCGGAAGAGAUUGGAUUGCUUCUCGCAGCUUUGGGCUUUGACAACAGUACUCGGUUAUAUCUUGCCUCCCACAAGGUAUAUGGUGGAGAAGCUAGGAUUUCAACUUUACGAACACUGUUUCCACUAAUGGAAGGCAAAAAGAGUCUAGCUUCUGCAUUGGAACGCGCCCAGAUCAAAGGAAAGGCAUCCUUGUUAGCUGCAGUUGAUUACUAUGUUAGCAUGCAUAGCGACAUCUUUAUAUCUGCUUCUCCAGGAAAUAUGCACAAUGCAUUGGUGGGACAUAGAACUUAUGAGAACCUGAAGACUAUUAGGCCGAACAUGGCAUUAUUGGGCCAACUCUUCCUAAAUAAAAGCAUUGUUUGGUCAGAUUUCCAGCAGGCAGUGAUAGAAGGGCAUGAAAACAGACAAGGGCAGAUCAGAGUUAGAAAACCAAAGCAGUCCAUAUACACAUAUCCUGCACCUGAUUGCAUGUGCAAUGCUUGAAGUUAUUUAUCUAGUCAAGGAUUUGAGGCUGCUAUCUGUAUCACAUGAUUUGGUACUUCCACUAUUGUUUGUGUCUACUUACUGGCUUGUAUAUUGGUAAAAUAAGUCACAAUCCCAUAUCUCAAAAUUCAUAGUCCUGACUCCUGUUCAUGUAACGAUCCAAGUAAAUGUUUGAGGUAUUUAAUGAGGAUGGGAGGGGUGAUGUUAAUGAUGGGUUUGUAAUCAUCAAUUCCUUCUGAAUGAUUAAGGUAAAUUGACAGUACUUCUAA